CCCGGGACCGCAGGACUCCCCGCCCCGGCCGCUGCAGCUCGCUCGUCCCCCUCCAAGAUGGAGGCUUUAGGGGGCUACCCCACCCGGUCCUCCAGCCCGAAAGCCAGGAAGCUGGGGGUCCUCCUGAGCAUGACGGUCGGCGUGGGGUGUCUGUUCCUCCUGCAGACGCAGCUGGUGAAGCCGAAGGACUUCUACUCUUUCGAGGUGAAGGACGCGAAGGGGCGCACGGUGUCUCUAGAGAAGUACCGGGGGAAGGUCUCUCUGGUUGUAAACGUGGCGAGUCGCAGCGAGCAGACGGAGGCCAACUACCGGGCUCUGCAGGAGCUCCACCGGGAGCUGGGCACCUCGCACUUCAACGUGCUGGCCUUCCCCUGCGGACAGUUCGGGGACACCGAGACCGGCAGCAGCCGGGACAUCGAGGCCUUCGCCAAGGCCACGUACGGAACCACCUUCCCCUUUUUCAGCAAGAUCAAAAUCAUGGGCUCCGAGGCAGAGCCCGCCUUCAAGUUCCUCACAGAUUCUGUACAGAAAGUUCCAAAGUGGAACUUCUGGAAGUUUCUGGUGAAUCCAGAGGGGAAGGUGGAGCGAUUCUGGCGAGCGGACGAGCCUAUGGAGAAGAUCCGACAGGACGCCACGGCGCUGGUGCGAGAAAUCAUCAUAAAGAAGCGCGUGGAGCUAUGACGGCGGAGAGCGCUGCUGCACUCUGUGCAUCCUGAACUUUGGGAGCCGGGCGCCACUUCGCUGUAGAACAGCGUCUAACAGUGAGUGCAGGUGGGACACAUCUUGC